GUUUACUGUAACAUGCGGCACGUAUUAAUUAUCGGCCGAGUGCUUCCGUAUUGUCAUGUUUUUCUUCUUAUCUGAUUAUAUUAUCUGAUUAUUGGUUUACGUGCCCCACUUGCUCUCCCUUCGUACCCUUUCCUUCCCUAUUUAUUCUCCGUGUUCUCAGUCUGGUGCCAGUUCGUCGUUGUUACUCAUCCUGAGUGAACCUCUUUAGGUCAUCCCAUUAUUUCCAGUCCUGUCCUGCCGUGUCCAGGGUUUUCUACCUAUCCAGCUGUGCCGGUGGAUCCUGCAUUUUCCCCUCAGGGUAGAUUUUGUUUUUGUUUUUAUUUUAUCAAUUGCUAAAGCCAACUGAACUUUGCAUUUGAGUCCUUACUACAUCCUUACCCACAAACCUGACACAAACAGACUGAGGACAACAGCAGAGAAGAAAGCAUCUGAAAACAAACGCUUAUAGCAUCAUGAGACUUUACAUCCUUCUCGGUUUUCUGCUUUUGGCAGUGUUUUGCAGCUCUCUUGUUGAUGCUAGACAAGUGAAAUUUGGCACCCUCUGCAGUCGUAACCCAAGUAAUCGUAAAAGAGGAUGUGAUAAAAAGUAUGGCUGUGGACACUAUGGAGCCAGCCGUGGGAAUCGGAAACAUAUGGGUCUUGACAUUGUGUGUGCUGACGGAGACACAGUUGUUGCUCCAUUUGAUGUGAAGUUAAAUGGCAGAUCUAAACCAUACUCACAGAACAACGCUAUCAAUGAUGGCAUUAACUUGAGCGGACAAGGUCUCUGCUUCAAGCUGUUCUACGUUAAGCCAGACCGUUACUCUGGGACCAUAAAGAAAGGGCAGAGGAUCGGACGUAUGCUCCCAAUGCAGAGGGUUUAUCCUGGCAUCACUUCUCAUGUUCACGUUCAAAUGUGUGACAGAUCAGAUCCCACCAAGUAUUUCUGAUGCUGAUGUCGAUGACCAACUGCAACUAUCAAACCACUUCAAAAUCUUCUGCCAUUACUCUAAAAAAAUAAUUCAAGGGACCUGUUACAAAUUAAAUUCCAAGUUAAAAAUGAUCAUUUAUUGAUUUAAUUAAGCUGCAAACAUUAUUUUUUUUAGUUCUUUAGUUCAUAAUAAUGUUG